AUGUCACCCCCCCCCCCCCACGGCACGGCUCUGAAUGUUGAUAUACUAAAUGUACAAAAUGACAAUGACACCGUGGAAAUUGAACAUAUAACUCCUCAACAUAUUGAAGACAUCCUGGGUAAUAUAAAUAGUGAAAUAAGAUAUGAAUAUGAUGAUUUAUCAGCUAGUAUUGUUGUCGUGGAUGCUAAUGAUGUAGACAACUAUGAUAAUUUUGUAAAUAAUAUCAGACAACAAUCACAACAUCAAAAUUAUUUAGUAGAAAAUAAUAAUGUUAUUGAUGAUCCAAUAACUAUUAGGCCUUCCACAUCUGGCCAUAUAACUUACCCAAAUAGUUCUAAUGAUUCAAGCAAUGUGCCAUUACAAACUAAAGUGUUGAAAAUAAAAAAUUUGCCCAUUUUACCAAAAAAUAAAAAAAAAAGAACAUGUACAGUAAGAAACAUACACACAGACCCUAUCAAAAAAUCAAAAAAGGCCAAAGAAAAUAAGAAAACAACUAAGUGGUUUUCUGGAAGAGAUAACCAAUUCACAAAUUCAGUUCCUCCUUUCAUUGGUAGUGAAAUAAUGAAUUAUUUGAACUAA